AAAUAAUUGUUACGAGCCACAUUGAUUACUUUCAAUGGCCAUAUGUGGCCUGAUGGCCGAGGGUUGGGCAUCACUGCUCUAUACCCAGCGAUUGAUUCUGGGUAUUGAUGAGUGAAUAGGGGCUAUCUCCUAUUUGUGAAUAAAUAAUCUUUAAAUCAUGAAUACUACUCUAUAAAUACAGUCUGUGGUAAUAAUAUACAUGUGUAAAUAAUAUUCUACAAAUUAUUUCACAAUGAGUAUAAAUAAAGUGAACCAUAUGACUAGGGACAAGGUAUAGAAAGAAAUUUAUCGAUACUUUUACUUUUUAUUGAAUCGAAUGAAUAUAUUGAAACAAAAGGACCGAUAUGAAGUAUUUGCUGUAACAAAAAAAAAUUUGUUAUUUUUUAGAGCAGUAAAAUCUCAGUCCUAGUUGUAGGAUUGAAGUAACUGGAAAUCAUGAUAGCUGAUUACUUUUAUGUAUUUAUUUUCCAUUUAAUAUUUUUGUAUUGAUAAAUAACUAAAUAUAAUACUAUGGAAGUAAAACGCUGGGAAGCUUAUGUUUCAUACUUUCAAUCAUUUGAAAACUUUUACGUACAUAAGAAAAAUGAUCUGAUAUCUCUUCAAGAAAUAUCAAGUAGUCUUCAGCUUCUUAAAGACAAAUGUUUAAAAUUGGAUUGCAUAAAACCAGGAGAUAUAGUUGCUGCUAAAUAUGAAAAUGAUGGUUUAUGGUAUCGGGCUAAAAUUUUGAAUUCAGUAAAAGGUGCUUUUACAGCUCAAUUUAUUGAUUAUGGUAAUUCAGAGUUAUUAUCCAACUUCAAAAAACUUCCAAAAAAAUUAGCUAGUUACCAUGCAUUGGCUUACCAAUGCACUCUUGAUAAUGUUGAUGAAGAAUAUAAAAUCAAAGUUAACAAUGAAGCUUACUAUGAUAUAGUUUUUGAAUUUAUUACUUCUAUUGAAGUGGUUUUGACUGUUUUAAAUUAUGAAGAACCUUAUUUAGUAAAAAUGAAAUGGGAUGAAAGAAACAUUAAAGUAUUUUUAAAUAAUUUUUUUUCAUAUGGUAUCACUCAUCAGACAUAUGAAACUCUUAAAAAAAUUGAUCAAAUUGAUAAAAUGAUGCAAGUAACUCUUAUUUAUACGGAAUCGAUAAACGAAUUUUAUAUAGAAACUGAAGAUAGUGAACAAAUAAAAAAUAAAAUAGAGUAUGAACUUGAAAAUGGUAAAGUUUGGGAAGCAGUGAUAGAAUAUAAAAUUGGUAAAAUGGUAAUUGCUAAACGUGCAACUGAUAAUAGGUGGUAUCGAGUAAGAAUAUUAGAAAUUAAUGAAAUUGGCAUUACUUGUUAUUUCAUUGAUUAUGGAAUUAAAGAGAUAUGUACAGAAUUCUAUGAAGUUUUUGGUUAUUUAAAGUCAGCUCCACCAUUUAUUAAAAGAUGUUCAUUGCACAUGCCAAAUGUAAAAAAAAAAAAAUUAUUUACAUAUUUAUCACAAAGUUUCGUCGAUGAAAUGGCACAAUAUAUAAAUCAGAAAAUGUUUAUUAGGAUUAUGAAACCUGGUGAACCAUGGGUUGUAGAAUUGUUUGUUGAUGGUUUAAAUGUAGCUAAAGUUAUUGAACCUAAACCAGUAGUUAUAUUUCAGGUAAAUCAUGUUAAUGCGAUUACCAUUCAGGUGAACAGUCCUGGAAGACUUGUUGUUAUAGAUAAAUUAAGUAAAAUUGAAAAUUUACCGUUUGUCCAAAAACCUCAAGUUGAUAAAAUAUAUGGAGCUUUUAUCAAUAAUCAAUGGUUUCGAGUGAAACUAAUGAAGUCAUUAAGUAAAAAACUAAUGGACGUAAUUUUGGUGGACUAUGGUGGUUGUAUAGUACAAGUGGAAAAAUUAUUUGCACUUCCUAAGCACAUAGAAAAUGUAAAAUUCUUCUUUACACAUUGUUCACUUGGUUUAGAUGAACGAUAUUUUAGUACACAGAAACUAAGACAAUUAUGUAGUAAAAAAACAGAAUUUCAGAUGAUGGUUCUCCAAAAUAAUUUCAUUGAUGGUCAUUGUAUACUUAUAAUGUCAGAUGGUAAAGAUGUAAAACAAUUGAUAAAAAAAGACUGAAUAAACAAGGAUAAAUUUUCGUGUUGACAUUUAUAUUA